GGAAAGGGUGACCAGCAUCAGGGCCAGGAGGACCCUCGGCACAGCAAGGGCAGAAGGCCAGGCCUGGCCUUAGCAGCCGCCUCUUCCCAGCCCGUAUUGCACAGAUGACCAAACAAAGAUCCUGACCGCUGAACCCAAGUGUCCUGACUCUUCGCCCAGGCAACAGGGUCUAGGCUGGGAAAGGACAGAGCUCCAGAGACAGAUAACUUAUAAAGCUCCCCGGACACACCUGGAUGUUAGAAAUCCCCUCUACAAAUACCUUUGUGUCCCCUAUAAAGAACCAAAAGACUCCUACAGCAAAGCUUCCCCCCCCGCCGGGACUCAUAUAUGUCUGCAGUAACCCCCGGAAGCUCUGACGGACGUCCCUCGAUGUAUCCCAGUGGUCAUCUCAGAAGCCCCCUGCAGCUAUCCCCAGAAUCUUCUAUGGACGAUCUUAGAACCAUGUGCCCUCACCCAAACAUUCUUCUUACUCUCCCACAGAUGUCCUCAGCACCCCCAGGUAUUCGCAGAUGUCUCAUAUGGACAACCUCGGGCCAGCCCCUCCAAGGUCUCCCCUAUGGAUACCUCCAGGGCCACCCUCUGCCUCCCCCACCCCCAAAUAUCGGACCCCAUGAGACAUUCACAGCAGAGUCCCCAAAUGUCCCCCACAGACAUCCCUGGAGCCCACAAAGCCAUCCCACAACUCCCCUGCUCCCCCCAGACGCAUCCCCAAGAGACACCCCUGCCCCAGCCCAAUAUCAUAGAAUCUGCAAGUUCCGAAGCGGCUGCAAGAGCCACCUAGCCCAGAAGUGCACCCGAGCAGGAAUGUCCUGGGCUUGUGGGGCCAACAAGUGCUCAUCCAGCUUUCUUUCACCACCUCCAAUGGUCAGGAAGUUUUUCCUUACUCAGCGUGGAAACGUCCAUCCUGUCAACUCCUAUUCUGCCGCCUGGGGCCAAGUGGUCUAGAGACAACUUUCAAAGCCCUGAACACACCUGCGCAUGCUACUCUCCUGGACAGGCCUUCUCUCAUCUGAGUCCUUCCUCGGCUGGGGAGCCCAGAACUAGCCACAAUCCUGAAGAGAAUGGUUGCACGGGCCAGAGGCCAGCGGGCCCCCCCACCCAGCCUGCCUUCCCUGUCCAGUCCUCCUGUGCCAAGAUCACUGCACUCACUUUCUUAGCUUUCACUGUUGCUGCGUACUUUUCAUCAGAGUGUUAAGAAAAGUUGCUGCCCAGCUUACAUCCUCUGGGACCCGCUUGAGCCAAAGGCCUCAUGUGUAUCCCUAUUUGUAUUUAUUCUGUAAAAAUAAACUACAUGUCCACUAGAA